AUGGAACACUCUGUUGGGAUGUCUGUCGUGUUGAAAUUGCAAGUACAUUAUGGGCAAGUCUAUUCGUUCAAUGCGCAAGCUGCAUAUAUGUUGAACCCCUUUUCCUGCAUUCCUCCUGGUCUCGGCUUGGUGCAUAUUCUCCAGAAGAAAUUCUGCUAUAAUGAAAGUACUGUAUAG